AUGGCCUCACGCGCGGGGAGUUGGAGACGCCUGCUGAUCCCUCGCGACCCCGGACAUCCUGGCCACCUCGAUUCCUGGCAGACUCAGGGAUAUUCACUUUUGCUAAGCCGAGGCUGCAUCAUCGUCAUCAUCAUCGUCGUCCGAUCCGGAAUGAGCACGAAUCCGCAGCCCGCUGUCCGGUUUUCCACCCCCGACGUGGACUCCCUUGGCCACCGCACAGCAACGGCAACCGCAGAGCAGGCGUGCAGGGAAUGCCGACGACGGAAGUCCAAGUGCGACCGGUCCAUCCCGGCCUGCCGCCUAUGCAGUAAAUUCAGCCGGGGGUGUACGUACGAGAAGUCGAUCCGCACUCCCUUGACGCGCACCCAUUUGUCUCAGGUCGAGAACGAGCUUGCUCGGACGAAAGCGUUGCUGAGGAGGUUUAUGCCCGAUGUCGACCGACUGAACGGUGAUGUGGGGGAUUCAAACCUGGGCAAUGAGGCACCCAGCUAUGAAGCAGUCCCGGCUCAGUCCGAGCCUACGCUGCACAAUGGUACCGCCGCUGCCAUUCUCCCCGAAUCAGGCCACAUGGGCCGUCACCUACAGAACACUAUUCCUCUUCCCACGCCGCUAGACACCCAGUACACUAGAAUGAGUAUUGCCACUAACCCUGGCACGGACUCAACUGGGCCCGGGCCGAACAUGCGGCCUGCGUCUGAGUCUCGCUCUAUUGGAACAACAGCGCUCCCACUCGAAACGCCGCCGUCAAGCACUAACUUUGAGUGGGAUGAGAGGGCGGGUAGAGACAAGUUUGUUGAUGGCAUGGCUAGCCUUACGAGUCGGUCGAGUGAGGGGGGGUAUCUCGGCUCUGCAUCCGGAGCAGCCUUACUCCGUUUAGCUGAUGCUGGAAGUGGCGAGGGAGCAGACGAAAGCAAUAGCAGCGGCAACGAGCCCGUCGACAUGCCCAGCAUCCCUUUCGUGCUCAACAGUAUGUCCCAGCUUGAGCCCUUCGUAGAGGCUUACUUCCGGCUCUACCAUUGCUCCUACCCCAUUGUACACGAAGCCACGUUCCGCGCCCAGUUCAUGGAGAUAAUACCUCGUCCGUCGGGAAAUUCCUGGCAGGUCUUGCUCUUCGUCAUAUCGGCAUUGGGCGUCUUCACCUCGUCGACCGCGACUACGCAGACAAAUAUCGACCUUGCUCUUUUCGACGCAGCAAAGGAGCGCCUCUCAAUUGACGUCUUGGAAACCGGAAACCUCGUCCUCGUGCAGGCAUUAACCCUGAUCUCCAACUAUCUUCAGAAGCGCAACAAGCCGAAUUCUGGGUAUAACUACAUGGGACUCGCCAGACGCGUGGCAAUGGGUAUCGGAUUGCAUAAAGAGUUUCCUACGUGGGAUGCCAGCCUGCUGACCCUAGAGAUGAGACGGAGGGUCUGGUAUUGUCUCUACAUCUUCGACAUCGGGGCCAUGAUAACCUUCUCGAGGCCGUUGGAUUUCCCAGUGGAGGGGGUUGAUGUUCGAUUGCCGACCAACGCGCAUGAUAGUGAUAUUACAGUAGCAACCCGACAACCCCCACAGCCAUCCUCCGAGACCACAAUUUACAGUCAUCUCCGCGCCCAGGCCCAAUUCCAUCUCGCCACAAGCACCAUCUACAGCAAAAUCAUCUCACACCCCCUUCCCUCGGCAGCGGAACUACUGCAACUGGACGACACACUCAUCGGCGGCUGGUUAGCGGACCUCCCGCCAUACUUCGCCGAGUCCGCCAUCCAGCCUCCAAAAUUCGCUCUCGCCCAUGCCAUUCUUCGCUGGCGGUACCGGAACUUUCGAAUACUCAUGUAUCGACCGUUCCUAGUAGGCCAAAUCAUGGCUCGGCCGAGGGCACAAUCUGUGCGCGGCCAUGGCCAGGUCCAACCGGAUAUUGGCCUCGCCAUUGACCGCUGCCUGGCGACUGCCGCUGAGGUUGUCGAUUUGAUCUGCACAUUCUGGCUGACGGAGAUCAACCAACAACACAUGAUGGCUUGUUGGUACGGGCUCUACUUCUUAUUUCAGGCAAUCUUGAUCCCGGUGAUCUGCUUGCGAAACGAUCCCCAGUCGCCGCUUGCCCAGAGUUGGCGGACUCAAAUCAUCCAAGCGGUUGAGGUGCUCGAGUCCAUGGCCCUGAUGAACCCAAGUGCGCGACGAUGCUUGGGCGUAAUUAGAGAACUUUGCGGCGCGUAUCUCCAAACUGGGCCUGCGCCUGAACUAGGGGAGGUGAAUCUGGAUGGCGCCUGGAGGCCAACGGAAGAGUCACCGCAGACGCAGCUGACAAACCUAUAUCCACUAAUGUGGCCAACACUGGAGAUGGGAAUGGGAAUUGGUAUUGGAGGUGAUUCAAUCAUCCAAGAGAACACGAUAAUGGACUUUAUGAACCGGUUGCCAGCGCUGGAUUGA